GGAUUUAAAAAACCUGAGGCGGAGGGAAAGUUCAAAUUGAGACAAGGGGAAACAGUGAGAGAGACGGGGCUGGAGCUGUUGAAUCAAAUAAAAACAAAAAUAAUUAAGCAUGUUCAGCAGGCCAGUCAAGGGCAAGACCCCCAGGAGGCCUGCCCCCAAGAAACCAUCCAACAACACCCUGAAAGACCCAGUCGGUGUGUACUGCCGUGUGCGCCCGCUGAGCUUGGAUGACCAGGAGUGCUGCGUCGAGGUGAUCAGCAGCACCACCAUCCAGCUGCACCUGCCUGAUGGCAUCAAGGUCAACAGGAAUGGAGAGUACAAAGAGACCCAGUAUUCCUUCAAGAAGGUGUUUGGCAUAAAGACGUCCCAGAUGGAGCUGUUUGAGGAUGUGGCCAAACCGCUUGUAGAUGAUCUGAUUCAUGGUAAAAAUGGUUUGCUUUUCACCUAUGGUGUCACAGGAAGUGGGAAAACGUAUACCAUGACUGGCUCUCCUGGCCAGGGAGGGCUCCUUCCUCGUUCUCUGGAUAUGAUCUUCAAUAGUAUAGGCCCUUACCAGGCCAAGAGAUAUGUGUUCAAGACGGACGACAAGAAUGGGAUGGAGAUACAGAAUCAAGUUGAUGCCCUGCUGGAAAGGCAAAAGAGAGAGUCGCAGCAGUCUCUCAAGACGCCUUCCUCUAAGCAAAAGCUGGACCCCGAGUUUGCAGAUAUGAUCGCUCCUGAAGAGGCCUGCAAGGCGGAGGCUGUCGACGAUGACAGUAGCUACAGCGUUUUUGUUUCUUACAUCGAAAUCUAUAACAACUACAUCUACGACCUCUUGGAAGAAGCUCCAUUUGAUCCCAUUAAGCCAAAGUGGAAUGGUGGAGGCACGCCUCUGCGGAGCACUGAGUUCAUACCACCGCAAUCUAAAAUCCUACGUGAAGAUCAAAACCACAAUAUGUAUGUGGCUGGGUGCACCGAAUUGGAAGUUAAAUCAACGGAGGAAGCGUUCGAGGUGUUCUGGCGAGGUCAGAAGAAGCGGCGCAUCGCCAACACGCAGCUGAACCGCGAGUCCAGCCGCUCGCACAGCGUGUUCAUCAUCAAGCUGGCCCAGGCGCCCCUGGAUGCCGACGGCGACAACGUCCUGCAGGAUAAGAGCCAGGUGUCGGUGAGCCAGCUCUGCCUGGUGGACCUCGCUGGGAGUGAGAGGACCAGCCGCACCAGGGCCGAGGGCAGCCGUCUGCGCGAAGCAGGGAACAUCAACCAGUCCUUGAUGACCCUUAGGACGUGUAUAGAGGUUUUAAGAGAAAAUCAGAUGUGUGGAACAAAUAAGAUGGUGCCAUACAGAGAUUCCAAAGUAACUCAUCUCUUUAAAAACUACUUUGAUGGCGAAGGCAAAGUGAGAAUGAUCGUUUGCAUCAAUCCUAAAGCUGAUGAUUAUGAAGAAACUAUGCUGGUGAUGCGGUUUGCGGAGAUGACGCAGGAAGUGGAGGUGGCGCGGCCAGUGGACCGGCCCAUCUGCGGCUUCACCGCGGGGCGCCGGCAGAGGAACCAGGCCUUCAAGGAGGAGCUGAGCCGCCGGCUGGAGGAGCGGGGUGGGCCGGUCAACGGAGAUAACCCGUCUGUCAUAGAGCUGCUUCUGCAGAGCUUCCCUCCUCUGCCACCCAGCGAGCUUACUGAUCCCAGCGAUGACCAGACCCUGCCCAGGCUCAUUGCGGUUCUGGAGAAGAGGCACCGGAUAAGACAGAUGAUAACCGAGGAGUACAAUAAAGCUGCCGACAGCCUCAAAGCCAUGCUCCAAGAGUUUGACAGCACCCUUACGGCAAAGGAGAACUUCAUCCACGAGCAGAGGGGGAAGCUGGGAGAGAAAGACAGGCUUCUCGUGACCCACAAGACGGAGAUCGAUCGUUUGGAGAAGAAAUGCAAAACCCUGGAAUAUAAGAUUGACAUUUUGCAGAAAACUACCAAUAUCUACGAGGAAGACAAGCGUACCUUGCAGCAGGAGUUGGAAAACCGGGAUCAGAAGCUACAGAGGGAGCUGUCGGAUAAACGCCGCAUGGAGGCCCGCAUGCAUGGCGUGGUGUCGGAGACUAAGAUGAAGUGGGAGAAGGAGUGUGAACGACGCGUUGCUGCGAAACAGAUGGAGAUGCAGAACAAGCUGUGGGUGAAGGAUGAGAAGCUGAAACAGCUGAAAGCCAUUGUGACGGAGGGCAAGGGUGAGAGGCCGGAGAAGCCCGAGAGGCCGGAGAAGCCUGAGCGGCCAUCCCGCGAGAAGGACCGGGUGCCCCAGAGAUCGGUGUCGCCCUUGCCUGUGCCUUCUUCUCAUUGCAUUCCUCAGCUUCCCCUGUACAGCCAGGCGCCUGGGUCGUACGCUGACCUCGUCAGGCAGGGCCCGUCGUCCUCCUCCUCCUCCCCGUUCAGCAGUGUUUCUGUAGCCUCCUGCGUCUCCGAGUGGGAGCAGAGGGUUCCAGAGAGGUCCAGGCAGGAUAGUCCUGCUCCAGCUACAUAUAGCGCUAUACCGCACAGACCGGAAGAGCGAAAGACCCCCCUCAGGCAGGACAGGAGGCGAGGCAGAUGCUGGACUGGAGACUGUGAGGUCCCUAACCAGCCAGCUGAUCUAGACCUAGAGGAGUUUGGCCAAAGGACUGCGCCGCCGGUUCGGCCCCGGCACAGACGCUCGCGUUCAGCGGGUGGGGAGAGAUGGGUAGAUCACAAACCAGCCUCUAAUUUGGAGCUGGAUACAGUCAUGCAGCCAAACAUACCCAAUGCAAUCAAGGUGUCGGCUCCCAGCGAGAAAGCUUUGUCAAAGUGUGAAAAAUACGUGCUGACGCACCAGGAGAUCGCAUCUGAUGGGGAGAUAGAAACCAAACUCAUUAAGGGUGAAGUGUUUAAAACGAGAGGUGGAGGCCAAGCUGUCCAGUUCACAGACAUCGAAACGCUGAAACAGGAGUCCCCUACAGCUCAAAGCCGUAAAAGAAGGUCAUCUGGCAAUGGCCCGCCGCAGGGAGAGCCCAUGGAGGGAGACUGGACAGAUGUGGAGACCAGGUGUUCUGUGGCAGUUGAGAUGAGGGCAGGCUCGAACCUGGGUCCCGGAUACCAGCAUCAUGGGCUACAGAAGCGCAGAAAGCCCUGAUCUCAAACAGCCUCCUGCAGCCUCCAAAGGGACACAACUAAACCGAGUGACUUUACCCUGACUAGGCUGUUGUGCAACAGCUCAAACCCAACACAACCCCUCCCGCCUUAAAAUGUAAACUACUUUAUAUGCAACUACUUUUUAUAUAUCAGGAUUUAUAUAUUCAAUAUUUUUAUUUAAUUUUAUGUAAAACUUUAGCAUGGGUGAUUUUUUUAAAUGCUUAAAACAAGGCUGGAGAUUUAACGCGAGAAAUCAUGAGUCCUGUGCAAGCAGAUCACGCUGUAUAGUUCACAGCCUGCAUGACAUCUGUAGAAAAGGUGAAGCUUGUCUCUGUAUAUUUGUCUGAUGUCAGAUUAAAUCCCUCCAAUACCUUGUUGGAAAA